AUGGAGGAAGCAGCUACUCGGCAACAUGCUAGUCCCAACACAGUUUUCCACUGCUUGUACGGCUAUUACUAUCUUGGCUAUUCCAGGAAGGAACUGGCACACAUCUACAACAAAACACAGCAGACAAUAGGAAACUGGAUUCGUGUGUAUGAAGUUACGGGGACCUACCAACGCGCUACGUCAAAGUCAGACCGGAAAUUUACGGUAGAACAGCGCUCAUGGCUUCGAGUAUUUUUUGAGCAGAGACCUUUAGCAUAUCUGGACGAGGCACAAACUGCAUUUCGCUUGAACUUUCAGCUCACCAUUUCCAAAACAUCCGUAUGGAGAGUUAUUCACGCUUUUGGGCUAACUUGGAAAGUGUUGGAACGCCGAGCCAUUCAAAUCAAAGAGCGAGACAUCUUUCGGUUUGUGGAGGAGCUGAUUCCAGCGAAACCCAGAGUCUCCAUGCUUGCGUUUAUUGGUGUCAAUGGCAUUAUUGACUACUAUGACACUGUUGGAACAUUUGACCGAUUAGAGUUUGUUCGAUGUUGUCAAGAUUUUGCGUACUCUAAUGGUGCAUCCAUCCAUCGACACCCUGAAAUUGUGCAUUAUCUAAGAAGUAUCGGAAUUAAAGCCUUUCAGCGCUACUACGUGGAGUCCACGAAUCGUGACUUAAUGCCAUUUAUUGUUGACACAUUUCGACGCUUUGUGAACUUUAAUAUGGCUCGGGUGUUUGAACAUUGCGGCUGGAUGGUCGAUGGAACUUUCAAUCCUGUGGGGCCGCUGUCAACAGAGUCACGCGCAGUACCAGAUUUUAGGGAGGACGUUUCCGAGGAAGAAGAAGAAUUGGACGAGGAUGCAUUAGGCUUUCGUACGCUUAGCUAA